UGUAAAAUGGCGCUGCUGGGGGUGAAUGGAAGGUUUCAUAUAUAGGCAAGCCCUGCUAGAAGGACGACCGCCAUGUCAAGAAGAAAAACGUGUGUGCUAUGAAGGAAUCCGUCGCCCUGGAUGGAAAGCACAAGCCAUCUGGUAUCUCAAGGGCAAAACGUCUGUAUUACUUCUGACAAUCCCGUUUCUUCAAGUAAUGAAUUUACGUCGCCAGUGAACUCUCCGGAGUCGUGUGAUGGGCUGGGAAAGCGCGUGAGAAAGCUGUCAAAUAAAUAUGAUGGAUUCGAACAACCUAUCUCGAGAAAUCAACAACAGACAGACGAGAAACAAGCAGAAACUGCUCCCAAACAAUUCACAACAAACCAACUGCAAUACUUGCAACGAAUUUUAGUAAAAUCGUUGUGGCGCCAUCGUAUGGCAUGGCCAUUUUUGGACGCAGUCGAUGCAGUCAAACUAAACUUGCCGGAUUAUUAUGAUAUUAUCAAGCAUCCUAUGGACAUGGGGAAAAUUAAGCGGAAUCUGGAGAAAAAUGUGUAUUCUUGUGCCAAAGAGUGCGUUGAAGAUUUUGAUACAAUGUUCAAUAACUGCUAUACAUAUAAUAAGCCUGGAGAGGAUGUUGUACUGAUGUGUGAAGCAUUGGAAAAAGCUUUCAGAGAGAAAUUAAAUGCAAUGCCAGCUGAGGAGAUAAAGAUAGACCUUAGUGCAAAGAAAAGGCCAGGUGUUCCGAAAAUACCUGCUAUACCAAUUGAAGCAAAAAAAUCCAAGAGAAUUCCUAAACUUAUGGAGAAAACAACUGUAGCAGUUGCAGAUAGCACACCCUCCAUUAUUUCCACACCCCAGUUAACCAAGGAUGUUAUACCAUCUGUCAAAGUUGAGACGUCUGAAGUUAUUAAUCAACCCCCGGCUGUUGCUUCACCGUCUCGUAUUUCCUCUGCUGUUACAUCCACUUCCACUACGCCUCAUAUGAUGCCUCAGGCUUCUACCACAUUGACUUCUUCUAAAGCAAAGAAACGUAAGGCAGAUACAACCACACCUGGAAACCUACCUUCGGAACAACCACCUGUGAGUAAAGCAGCCAAAAUCCCUGCAAGACGUGGAUCUACAAGACCCAUUAAGAAACCAACCCGAGAUUUGCCUGAGUUACCUAACCAGCAUCGUUCUAAAAAGAAGCCUUUAACAGAACAAAUGAAGUAUUGCAGUGCUAUUCUAAGAGAGCUAUAUUCUAAAAAGCACUAUGAAUAUGCAUGGCCUUUUUACUACCCUGUUGAUGCUGAUGGUCUAGGACUUCACGAUUAUUUUAACAUCAUUAAGACUCCAAUGGAUCUGACGACGGUUAAAAAUAAACUGGAGAAUCGGGACUAUGAAACACCAUCGCAGUUUGCAGCCGAUGUUCGCAUGAUCUUUACAAAUUGUUAUAAAUACAAUCCUUCAGAUCAUGAUGUUGUUAAAAUGGGACGAAAAUUGCAGGAUGUAUUUGAGAUGAGGUAUGCAAAAAUGCCGGAUGAGCCGCCUCCCCCUGAACAGCCAUCUUCGGCAUCUCAAGAUACGGAAACUGGGGCUGGUUCCUCAGACGAAGAACAAGGGGCAUCUGAUCAUAGUUACGAGUCUGAGGAUGAAGAUCCACAGUCAGAGAGUGAAGAUGCAAGACAAAAAAUUAACGACCUACAAAAACAGCUGAUGUCAGUUACUGAACAACUCAGUAAGUUGACGGGACAGAAUACACUGAUAGCCAAGAAGCCAAAAAAACCCACCGAGAAUGAUGGAAAGAAAAAGAAGAAACCGAAAGAUGUCAGUGCAAAGAACCCGACGAGAAAGACGAAACCAAAGACUGCUAGACAUCCUAAAACACACAAGGAACCGAAGUCUACAAAAUCAGGACAAAAAUCAGUUAGCAAGCCUGCGUCAAAGCGUUCUAAAAGCAAACUUGCACAAAAGAAGAAGAAAGAAGAAAUUGAAAGCGAAGAUGAGGAAGACUCGAAGGCAAUGACGUAUGACGAGAAACGACAACUGUCGUUGGAUAUUAAUAAAUUACCAGGUGAUAAACUAGGCCGCGUGGUGACUAUCAUUCAGUCCCGUGAGCCAACACUACAAGACUCAAAUCCAGACGAAAUUGAAAUAGAUUUCGAGACAUUAAAACCCUCUACCUUGAGAAAGCUUGAAGAAUACGUCCAGUCCUGUUUAAAAAAGAAACAUAAAGCUCCAGCAUUGAAGAAAGCGAAAUCUCAGGAAGAAAGGGAUCAAGAGAAUGCAAAAAGACGACAAGAAUUAGAAAAACGAUUACAGGAUGUCAGUGGUCAGCUGACUGGUGGCGCUAAAAAACCUCCAAAGGGUGGCAAAGGUGAUGGUCAGUCAGCUUUGGAUAUCCUUGGUGAUGACGUACGUCAAUCUCGGCUGAGUGAAAGUAGUAGUAGUAGUGGCAGUGGAUCAGGAAGUAGCUCAGGAUCAAGUUCUGGCUCAAGUUCGUCUGGCUCUGACAGCUCUGAUUCGGAAGCAGAAACUGUCAAAGCGAGUGGAAAGACGUCUGAAAAUGUCAAGACAAAAUCAAAAAAGUCUGUUGAUCAAAAAGAUUCUUCAGCGGCCCCAGCAGUUUCAAGCCCAGUGGUAAGCACCCCAUCUCCCAGUCGUUCAGUCCAACCUGUGAAGUCGAUCUCACCUCCCGCGGCUGUGCUUAAACCUCUUCCUCCCCCUCCUGCAAAGAAACCUCCUACUGCUGUUAUCACACCUCAACCUAAACCUAGCCCCGCCCUUACUCCAUUACCUAAACCUCCCAUUCUCCGUCAUACUGCCCCUCCGAUUGCUGUGACUAAACCUCAAGUCAUCUCUAAACCUGUAACUCCACGCACAAUAGACCCUCCCAAACCUGAAAAUGUUUCGAAAUCUACGGUACCCAUAGACAACCCCUCUAGUAAACCCGCCAAUACUUCAGAUGUUCUUUCCUCGCUACUACCCACGCCCACCUCCGCGCCGAAACCAAAAGUUUCGCAUGCCACUAAAGAGAAACCGACUGUCAAAGAUAAUAAUAGAAUGACAUCAAAAGAUAAAACAGGAUUUGUAUUACCAACUCCAAAGCAGACUACAACUAAGCCGGGUCUUGGAUUGUCGUACGCAGUUGGCGAACUUCCAAAUUCAUUGGCCAAUCUAGCGUCAAAACCUGACGGAGGAAAGAAGGAUUCGAAGACAAGGCCCACGUCAUGGUCCAGUUUCGGAUCAGCGGGCUCUCCCGGUGUUCCAAAUUCCACACCUGUCUCCAGCUCCGCGUCCACUGAGAGUUUCAAAAAAUUCCAACAGCAGGCCCAAGAGAAGAUGGAAAGGGAGAAAGCUAUAAAAGCUCAAGAGGAACAACUAAAACAGAAGACGGAUGCAAAUAAGCAAAAGUUGGAGGAAAAGAGAAACGUUGAAGAAAGUGCUGUGGAUGGCGAAAAAGAGGACGCUGCGGAACGUCAAAGAGCAAUCCAGAGACGUCGAGAGGAGGAAAGAAGGAAAAGACAAGCCAAAGCAGCGUCAAUUGACAUGAACUUUCAGAGUGAUAUAAUGGCGUCUUUUGAGAAUACUAUUGGAUAGAAUUGUGUUCAUUGAAAGUGAGUCGUGGCUGUUUGUCGUGGUUACGGGUUACCGGUCCACGCUGUGUCGAAAUUAACCAAAAAAUCCAAAAAUAAGGUCCGUGCGAUGGUAACGUGUGAGUAAAUGAUUGUACCAUAUCGGUUUACGAACCGCAAUUUGUCCGCUCUUCUUGCUAGCGAAGGCGUCGUAGCAUUUAACUUCACGAGUAUAUUUCAACAUUUAACGUGGUGUACGCUAGCAAUCUUGUCGGCGUCUGUUUUUCUCCUUGGCUGUUGGAAUGAGUGGCACUAACCCAACCACGUUGCUAGAAGUGGAAUUGCAUUGACAUAUCAUUCAUUCGAUCGAGCAUGAUAAACAAGAUCGUCGACAAAUUGCUAAGACCAAUAAUGAGUUGCAGCAUAUAUCAUUUAUUAGCUAUAGUAGUGAUUGUAUACAAGUAUACGCAACCCUAUAUCUCUCAAGAGCUAAAUUUUGAUCGCUAGGGCUGACAUUUUCAUUAUUCUAUUGGGGUCAGACAAGAGGCCGGUUGUAUAAAAGAAGUUCACUUUUAACUACUAUUGUUAAAUAACAGAAUCAGAGCCAGUCAGAAUCGGUAACUACAAUACAACUACACCUAAUGUAGUAAAGAGUUUUAUUCAACCGGCCUAUAAAUUUCUGCGGCCAGUUGUACGAAGCCUAGAUAGCCCUUGUAAACAUGCUUGAAAAGCAAUUAAAUAAUAAAUUUGGAGCCAAUAGUUAUGAAAGAGGACUCCCAAUUCAGGAAUACUAAGGGUUAAUGAAAGCUAUACCUAACAACGCGAAAUUAUAGAGGGAAUGAAAAAAACACUAUCCGAUGGAUAACGCGAUCUAGCUUUCGUACAACUGGCCCCUGUUUUCAAGGUUUUUUAAACUCUGGCAAAAAUGCUUUAUUUUCUGCAAAUCAAACGGUUUGACCAGUCUGACCGCUGCUUAUGGAAGUCACUCCUAGCAUUCAAUUGUGAUUUUCUAGAGUUGUUAGUGAAGGCAUGGUAAAAGUAAAUUUAUCCGUGCAAAAAAAACGAGGAUGCAACAUCCCCAGAAAAAUGUGUUCUGGGUUACCACCGCAAGCCUCGGUUAUUUGCAUGGUGCAUGCAGCAAUAUGCUCUGCCAAAGGAGGAAAGGGUUCAAAGAGGCGUUGUUGGAAGCGUUCCAUCUGAUUUGUAUCUGCUCAAAAUUAUAAAGAAAGAACACGCCUAGUGAUAAUUCUCACAAUUUGAGACCGAUCUGAAUUAAACCGAUCUGAAACUGUGAUCAUGAUCUUUGUCAUUUCUGCACUAUGUGCACGAUGGUGCACGGUGCAAUUUUUCGUGCAACGUGCAAUGCAAUUCUAAUUUUGAAACAUGUGAAAUAUUGGCAAUUGUUGUUGGCAAAUAUAAUCUCUCAAAAUGGGAUUGGAUUGCACGUUGCAAGAAAAAUUGAGUGUAAGGGUCUUAGAUCUUGGCAGAAUUUCUCUCUGUAUGUUGCUACGACAAGACUCAAUCACUAUCCUCAGCUGGCGCUUCCUCCGUGCGCCAACUUUUCCCAAAUUUAACCGGAUCUUUUCAUGCAAACAUAAACUGAUUUCAUCUUUAUAAAGAUGGUUUUAUGCGAUCGACAAUCGUAUACCCCAUGCUACGAGCUUUUGACGCCUUCAAAAUCCUGAAGCCUGGCCUGCUGUAUAAAAUUGUUGAUUAGAUUACAUUUCGGAUAGUCGAUUCUUAGUUAACUUCAAAACGCAAUUAGAUUGCACUAUGAAUAACGACUAUACCUUUUUAUACACACGGUCACAGCUCUGGGUGAGCUUGGCAUGUGCACUCAACCACGCAGAAACUCUGUGUGAGCAUGAUAGCAUAUAACAACGUUUUUAACUGACUUUUAAUACUCGAACUUGAAAUAGUUGGCAGAUUUCAUUGCACGUUGACAUGUAAAUAAAAAAUCAUAUAAACCAAUAUGAAACAUUCGCAAGAAAAAUAGCUAUAAUGGUUAACAGUAAGUUCUAAAAAUGUUAUUUUGUACGUAGAAUGUCGGAUAAAAAAUUAUUUAUGGUCAA